AUGCCCUCUUGGGCCCUCUUUAUGGUCACCUCCUGCCUCCUCUUGGCCCCUCCAAACCAGGCCCAAGUCACCAGUCAAGAUGUCUUCUUGCUGGCCUUGGGCACAGAGCCCCUGAACUGUUUCUCCCAGACAUUUGAGGACCUCACCUGCUUCUGGGAUGAGGAAGAGGCAGCGCCCAGCGGGAUAUACCAGCUGCUGUACGCCUACCCAGGAGAGAAGCCCCGUGCAUGCCCCCUGCAUUCCCAGAGUGUGCCCACCUUUGGGACCCGGUAUGUGUGCCAGUUUCCAGCGCUGGAUGAAGUGCGUCUCUUCUUUCCGCUGCACCUCUGGGUGAAGAAUGUCUUCCUCAACCAGACUUUGAUGCAGCGGGUGCUGUUUGUGGAUAGCGUGGGCCUGCCAGCUCCUCCCAGUGUCAUCAAGGCCAGGGGUGGGAGCCAACCAGGGGAACUUCAGAUCCACUGGGAGGCCCCUGCUCCUGAAAUCAGCAAUUUCCUGAGGCAUGAACUCCGCUAUGGCCCCACGGACUCCAGCAACGCCACUGCGCCCUCAGUCAUUCAGCUGCUCUCCACAGAAACCUGCUGCCCCACUUUGAGGAUGACGAACCCAGUCCCCGUCCUUGACCAGCAUCCAUGCGUUCAUCCUACAGCGUCCCAACAGCACGGACCAAUGAGGACCUCCCCGGCUGGAGAAGCUCCCUCUCUGGCAGUGAAGGGCGGAAGCUGCCUCAUCUCAGGCCUCCAUGCUGGCCAAUCCUACUGGCUCCAGCUACGCAGCCAACCCGACGGGGUCUCCCUCCGUGGAUCCUGGGGACCCUGGUCCCUCCAUGUGACUGUGGACCUUCCAGGAGAUGCAGUGGCAAUUGGACUCCAGUGCUUUACCGUGGAUCUAAGGAAGGUUAUCUGCCAGUGGCAGCAGCAAGACCACACUAGCUCCCGAGGCUUCUUCUGUCACAGCAGGACACGGUGCUGCCCCACAGACAGGGACCCUACCUGGGAGAAAUGUGAAGAGGAGGAAGAGGAGGAAGAGGAAGAGAAAGAGGAGGGGGAGCUGGAUCCAGGAUCACGGCCCGCUCUGUUCUCCCGCUGCCACUUCAAGUCACGAAAUGACAGUGUUAUUCACAUCCUUGUAGAAGUGACCACGGCGCAAGGUGCCAUUCACAGCUACCUGGGCUCCCCUUUCUGGAUCCACCAGGCUGUGCUCCUCCCUACCCCAAGCCUGCACUGGAGGGAGAUCUCGAGUGGAAGGCUGGAGCUGGAGUGGCAGCACCCGUCACCUUGGGCAGCUCAAGAGACCUGCUACCAGCUCCGCUACACGGGAGAAGGCCAUGAGGACUGGAAGGUGCUGGAGCCAUCUCUCGGGGCCCAGGGAGGGACCCUAGAGCUGCGCCCCCGAGCUCGCUACAGCUUGCAGCUGCGUGCCAGGCUUAACGGCCCCACCUACCAAGGUCCCUGGAGUGCCUGGUCUCCUCCAGCUAGGGUGUCCACGGGCUCUGAGACUGCUUGGAUCACCUUGGUGACUGCUUUGCUCCUGGUGCUGAGCCUCAGUGCCCUUCUGGGCCUAUUGCUGCUGAAGUGGCAAUUUCCUGCGCACUACAGAAGACUGAGGCAUGCUUUGUGGCCCUCGCUUCCCGACCUACACCGGGUCCUAGGCCAGUACCUCAGAGACACUGCAGCCCUAAGUCCUUCUAAGGCCACAGUUACUGAUAGCUGUGAAGAGGUGGAACCCAGCCUCCUGGAAAUCCUACCUAAGUCUCCAGAGAGGACUCCUUUGCCCCUGUGUCCCUCCCAGCCUCAGAUGGACUACAGAGGGCUGCAACCUUGCCUGAGGACCAUGCCCCUGUCUGUGUGCCCACCCACGGCUGAGACGGGGUCCUGCUGUACCACACACAUUGCCAACCACUCCUACCUACCGCUAAGCUAUUGGCAGCAGCCCUGA